UCUCGAGGCUCUUUCAUAAAAUUGUGUUCCAUUAUCUACCUACCUAGGUAGCUACCUACAUAGCCUAAGGAGAUAGAUUUUCGACCUUGUCUAUAAACUAAAAGCCGUUCUCAAUAUCCGCUUGCGAUAUGUUCCCCUUGGUUGCAUUCCUUGUGGCCUCCAGCCUCUAUGUUGUCGCGCUGUCUUUCUAUCGUCUAUACUUCCAUCCUCUCGCCGGUGUUCCCGGGCCCAAACUUGCGGCACUCACCGGAUGGUACGAGGCAUACUACGAUCUCGUCGCCGGAGGGCAUGGUGGGCAGAUGACCUUUCACAUCCAAAAGCUACACAAGCAAUACGGAAAAAUCGUCCGCAUCAAUCCCCACUCGGUUCAUAUCGAUGACGCCGAUUACUUUUCAGCCAUCUACACGGCUCGGGAGGGGUUCGAUAGACCCGAGUACGUGAGAUGGCGGUUCGGCUCCCCUCACGCGCUCAUCUCAACUCCGGACCACCACGCUCACAAACUUAAGCGCAAGGUUCAAGAGCCGUUCUUUGCAAAAGGUAGGAUCGCCAAGCUGGCACCCAUGAUCUGGGCCAAAGCGAACAAGAUGUGCCGCACACUCUCUCGCGAGUAUGCUGGCAACGGUCGCCCCGUAAGACUAGAUAACAUGUUUGCGUGCCUAGUCGCGGACGUGGCCACGCAGUAUAGCUUUGAUAGGGACUACUCCUGGCUCGAGAUGGAUGGUUUUGAAAGUCCCUUCCUCCAAGCAAUUGUUGGCUUCAAGAAGCUAGCUCAUCCGGCUACGUACUUCCCGUGGAUGGCACGAGCAUUGGUUUCCAUCCCGGACUCCGUCGUAAGAUUCCUCCAGCCAUCAAGAUCGACUGUCCUCGACUUCCAAGAUGAUAUGAGAGAUAUGGUCCGCGGCGCGCAGAGUGACGUUGAAAUUGAGAAAGCGGAAGGUAUUAGCAUUGAUCCUGAUCAAGUCGAGCGCGACAAAACCAUCAUUCACGGUAUCCUGCGAUCAGGAUUGCCCGGCGAGGAGCUAGAGGUCGAACAGCUGAAAGACCAUGCCGCAGCCCUACUUGCUGGUGGCGUGGCGAGCACAGUCUGGACUUUAAGCCUUGCUUCCUACCAUAUCAUCAACGACCGCGAUGUUAUGAAAAAGCUACGGGCCGAGCUGGAAGCUGCUAUGCCUGACUCGAACAUGCCGCUCACGGUCGAAGAGUUGGGGAGAUUGCCAUAUCUUAUGGCUUGUAUCGACGAAGCAUUACGCCUGGCCCCCGGACAGAUGGCGCGUUCUCCUCGCAUAUCUAAGAAGGCAAUGGUGUACGGCACCCACACCCUUCCGGCGGGUACGCAUAUCUCGCUCGAUGCAUGGCACAUGCAUCACAAUGAAGCAAUCUUCCCAUCAUCUUUCGAGUUUAGGCCGGAACGCUGGCUGAAUCAGCCGCAGGCCCCGCCCCCGUACGAGGCUCGGCCCCUUAAGGCUUACCUUGUGUCAUUCAGCAGGGGCACCAGAAACUGCCUUGGGCUCAACCUGGCCAAUGCUGAGAUGAGCAUCGCGCUGGCGGCGCUGUUUAGAAGGUUUGAUUGGGAAUUGUUCGAGACGACAUACGAUGCUGAUGUCAAAGUCGUGAGGGACCUCAUUGCCCCUGAAGUCCCCAUCACCACUAAGGGAAUCAGAGCUUUGGUGACGGACAUCGGGGGCAGGCCCUUCCAUUCCCAUAGCUAGAUAGGUGACCAAUCCGUAUACUUUUAUGCUCAUAUACCC